GUGACUGCUGCCAUGGUGAGUGUGCAGGUGGCUGCUAUGGACCAAAGGACACAGACUGCUUUGCCUGCACCAACUUUAAUGACAGUGGGGCAUGUGUGACCCAAUGCCCCCAGCCCUUUGUCUACAACCCCACCACCUUCCAACUAGAACACAACCCCAAGGCCAAGUACACCUAUGGAGCCUUCUGUGUCAAGAAGUGUCCACAUAACUUUGUGGUGGACCAUAGCUCAUGUGUAAGAGCAUGCCCGAGUAACAAGAUGGAGGUGGAAGAGAACCGCAUUAAGAUGUGCAUUCCUUGUACUGACAUCUGCCCAAAAGCAUGUGAUGGCAUUGGUACAGCCAGCCUACAGGCUGCUCAGACAGUAGACUCAAGCAACAUCGACAAGUUUGUCAACUGCACCAAAAUCAACGGCAACCUGGUGUUCCUCAUCACUGGGAUCAAAGGGGAUGUCUAUCACAAUAUUGAAGCUUUGGACCCAGAAAAACUCAAUGUAUUCCGCACCGUUCGGGAGAUCACAGGCUUUUUGAACAUCCAGUCUUGGCCUGACAACAUGACAGACCUGAGUGUUUUCUCCAACCUUGCAACUAUUGGCGGAAGAGCACUGUACAGUGGGAUCUCCCUGCUGGUGUUAAAGCAGCAGGUCAUCUCAUCACUGCAGCUCCAGUCGCUGAGAGAGAUCAGCGCCGGGAAUGUCCACAUUGCAGAGAAUAGCCAGCUUUGCUACUACAACACUGUCAACUGGACAAGACUGUUCCGUGCUGCAAACCAGAAGGUUCUGAUCCGCAACAACCAAAGCCCACAGAAGUGCUCCAAGGCGCGGAUGGUGUGUGACCCGCUGUGUUCAGACGCAGGUUGUUGGGGUCCUGGCCCAGACCAAUGCCUCUCCUGCAGAUACUUCAGCCGUGGACGAACCUGUGUGGAUACCUGCAACCUCUACGAAGGGGAUAUCCGAGAGUAUGCCAACGGAUCUGUGUGUGUGGAGUGUGACGGCCAGUGUGAGCGAGCUGACGAUGACUCUUUGACCUGCAGCGGUCCGGGCCCAGAGCAUUGUGUGAAAUGCCUGCAUUUUAAAGACGGCCCUAAUUGUGUUGAAAAGUGUCCCGAUGGCCUGCAGGGGGCCAACAGCUUCAUCUUCAAGUACGCCGAAGCCAAUAAUGAAUGCCAUCCCUGCCAUGCCAACUGCACCCAGGGGUGCAUUGGACCAAGACUGCAAGACUGUAUUGGCUGGAUGGACAGAACUCCUCUGAUUGCAGCAGGGGUGAUCGGCGGCCUCUUCUUGGUGGUGAUCAUGGUGCUGGGCGUAGCUGUGUCUGUGCGCCGGAAGAACAUUAAGAAGAAGAGAGCCCUUCGUCGCUUCCUGGAGACAGAGCUGGUGGAACCCUUAACACCCAGUGGAACAGCACCCAACCAAGCCCAGCUUCGCAUCCUGAAAGAGACAGAACUCAAAAGGGUCAAGAUCCUUGGCUCUGGGGCCUUUGGGACUGUUUAUAAGGGUAUUUGGGUCCCAGAAGGUGAAACGGUGAAGAUUCCUGUAGCCAUUAAAAUCCUAAAUGAGGCAACGGGACCCAAGGCUAACGUGGAGUUCAUGGACGCCCUGAUCAUGGCGAGCAUUGAGCACCCACACCUGGUCCGCCUGCUGGGUGUCUGCCUGAGUCCCACCAUCCAGCUGGUCACACAACUGAUGCCUCAUGGGUGCCUGCUCGACUAUGUCCUCGAGCACAAGGAUAACAUCGGAUCCCAGCUGUUGCUCAAUUGGUGUGUCCAGAUUGCCAAGGGGAUGAUGUACCUAGAGGAGCGAAGGCUUGUCCAUAGGGAUCUGGCAGCCCGAAAUGUUCUGGUCAAGUCUCCCAACCACAUCAAGAUCACUGACUUUGGUCUGGCUCGCCUGUUGGAUGUUAAUGAGAAGGAAUAUAAUGCUGAUGGAGGAAAGAUGCCUAUCAAAUGGAUGGCACUGGAGUGUAUCCAUUACAGGAAGUUUACUCAUCAGAGUGAUGUUUGGAGUUAUGGGGUAACCAUCUGGGAGGUGAUGACUUUUGGAGGGAAGCCAUACGAUGGGAUUUCCACCAGAGAUAUCCCAGACCUGCUAGAGAAAGGAGAGCGUCUUCCUCAGCCGCCUAUCUGCACCAUCGACGUCUACAUGGUCAUGGUCAAAUGCUGGAUGAUUGAUGCAGACAGUCGGCCAAAGUUCAAGGAGCUGGCUGCAGAGUUCACUCGGAUGGCUCGUGAUCCCCAAAGAUACCUGGUCAUCCAGGGUGACGACCGCAUGAAGCUGCCCAGCCCCAGCGACAGCAAGUUCUUCCAGAACCUCCUGGACGAGGAGGAGCUAGAGGACCUGAUGGAUGCUGAAGAGUACCUGGUGCCCCAUUCCUACAACAUUCCACCACUGGCAUACACUCCCCGUACACAUAUGGACUCCAACAAGAACCAGUAUGGCUACCAGGACCCCAGCUUCAGCAUGGAGGACAUGAUGGCCAGCCUGCCCAGAGUGGUGUCUGUUCCACCCGUGUCUGGAGGCUGCCUCCCAACACAGGACCUGUCCUCGGGGGGGCAAAUUGGUAGUGGAUUUGGCCGUGGUAACCAGGACGACCCUCGCUGCAAUGGAACCCUGAGGAAGCAGGCCUCCCCAAGGUCAAGUACCCUUGGGCCUGGCUCGGCUCUCGCCGCUGGACAAGGUGGAGGGGAGGACAGUAGUGGACAGCGUUACAGUGCCGAUCCCACCGGUCUUUUAGCAGAGCGAGGAGCAAAAGGAGACAAGGACCAGGACAGCUACAUGACUGCCAUGAGAGACAAGAACAACUCAGACUAUCUCAACCCAGUAGAGGAAAAUCCCUUUGUCACACGCCGUAGAAAUGGUGACGCCCACUCAGUGAUUGAUGGAGCGGGUUGCCACACCCUGCACAUGGCUGGAGCUUCUGCUGGCCCCAAGAGCCAGUCCACCCUUGGGGACGAUGAGUACAUAAACGAGCCACUGUAUCUAAAUACCUUCCUUAACCCUGGGGACAAGAACGGAUUGGCUGGUGCAGUGUCCAUCUCUGGCCUUGGGUCCUCUGUUGCCCAAUCAGUAUCGCAGACAGUCAACCCAUCAACAUCAAGCCACACGGUCUCCUACUCUGGAUAUGUGGUUCCCCCUGGCCACCUCCCCCAUCCAUCGUAUCCAUCACACACCCUGCAUCCGGGGCAUUCAGGACACACUCUGCACUCAGGCAUCACCAGCAGCACCAUCAUGUUUGAUAAGAAAGGCAAGAAGGCCACUUUUGACAAUCCUGAAUACUGGCAGCACAGUCUACCCCCGAAGUCCUCACUGCACAACCCUGAGUACCUGCAGGACUGCAGCACACGCUUCUUCUACCGGCAGAAUGGACGCAUUCGCCCUGCUGUGGCCGAAAAUCAGGAGUACUUAUCCGAGGCUGCAAUGAAAGCUGGCAAUGUGCUACCACCCCCUCCAUACAGACAAAGGAACACUGUAGUGUAGUGACCAAGCUGUAGCACAAUGAAAGGAUGAAUAGAGGGAUAGGGGUGGAGAUACAUGGACAUUAAACAGUCCUCUUGCAGUACUUCUCAACCUAGGUUCUUCUUGCACCCUGAACAUGUCUCUCUUUUUUGUUUGAUUGCAAGUCUUUUAGUCUUACUCUAAAGUUUUGCCUUUUCUUGACAAGUCUACAAUUACAGUCACUGACAGCCUCACUUGACAUUUAAACCAUCAGUUUCAGCUCCAUACUUGGCCAUGAAGGCAAGUUGCUUCUAAGAUUGUUCUAUUCUGGAGAACACUGUCCUGCCAUCUUAUGGCACAAAAACAACACAACUCAUACAGACACAAAAAUAAACACAAUAAAAUAAAUAAGAUGUUCAAUCAGAGAAAAAGGAGAAAUAAACUGAGGUUAGCCCAAAGAGAGGAUUAUUGCCAUGACCUUCGAAGCUUUUCUUUAUAUAUCUUUCACUUACAGUUUACCAUGUCGUUUUGGAACGUUUUUUCACCCAGAUAGAUGCACACAUUGCAGUAUGCACACAUUGUUAUUGCUUGUGUGCAAUCGAUCAAAUGACACAUGCACAUGGAGCUGUGUCGUUACUAACCAGCAAACCCGCCGCAGUCAUGCUAAAGAGCCCAGAUGUGGCUUGCAUGCACACACGCUUCUUUGACUUUUACAUGGUACUGCACCAGUAAUGGAAUUCAAACAUUUAUCACACAAAGCUCUUAUCAUACCUAAACCAUGUUAACAUGCCUGCUGCCUUGACCCACCAAUAAUAUCCAUACAUUAAUUCAAAAGUAAAUACACUCACACUGAGAUAAGCUUGCUGUCAUUUGAAAUAUAUUCUGGAGGAGAAGCUCAAUUGACCUUGUGCUGGAAGACAGAGUGUGCCGAUAUUGGCAGUCAGUGUUGCAGCGCAGAGAAAGGGUCAACAGGAAAGGAAAUGUCACCAGAGUUUUGUGGAAAGCUGUGAUAACACCCGGUACCUGGUGGAUGGAAUUCGACAGAUUAUUGGCAUGGCUAUGGUGGGAUUUAAAAGCCUGAUCACUCAGAAGACGACCCUCAACUUCCCACGUUUGUACUCCUUUUGUUUCACUUUCAUUCACAAUAAUCUUGUCCAAAGGCAAAUCAUCCAGUUUAAUAUUCAUAAGAUCAUUGUAAGCAGCACCAUAAGUGAAAUAACCAAUGGUAACUGCAGCACAAGGAAUAAUGUUUCAAUGGAACUGGUGUUUGGGAAUGGACAGAUUGUUUAACAGGGAAAGGAGCGUGAUGAUGGAUGCAUAAAAACCGAACAUGUGGGGGGAAAAAAAUGCGAUUUUAGAAUGUGGAUCAGAGCAUCAUUCUUUUUUCUUUAAAAGCAUUGGGGAUCUGUUUACUUUUCACCGUGUCUUACACUUACCCAUACGGAAACAGCAAAGACACCCAGCCACAAAAAAGACCCAUUUGGUUGUAGCUAAGAGGCUAACACUGCAGAGCUGUAAAUAAGCCAUUUAAAUGUCAUUACCAGAUAGAUCCUGGACAAAGGCUCUAUGGACUGAACUGUAUCUAGAAGUGUAUCAAAAGACAAGGACAGCUCUCUAUGUUCAUACUAUUUUAUGUCAUAAAAACAGAAAAUUAACUUUGACCACGUAGUCAUGGCUACUGCUCUGUCUCUUAAUGUUAAGGUGGAACAGGAGGAAAGACUGCCUCUUCCCAAUUUAUACGGUGAAACACUAUGAAAAUAAUGUGACACUUCCUUUUCUAUUGGUAUUUGACAUUAAUGGUGAGAUAUUACAGUAUAAGUUAUCCCUGAAUCCUUUGAUGGCUAUCUUUCUGUAUUCAUACAAUACUGCCAGAUGCCACAGUAAACUCUGAUGGAGACUACUAGCAUCUGUUGUCAAAUGACUUUGAAGCCUAAUUUAGACUGGGGUUGAUCAUUUAAUAGCACUUAAUGCUCUUACACACCCAAAUGACGUUGCUGUUAUUCCCUCUCUAAGCAGCGAUUCAAUAUUAUUUGUUUUCUUAUUUCAUGCAACUAUAAUUUACAAUUAGAUGCUGAGGGCUUGUGUUAUCUGUUUCAUCAGGCAUUUAACAAAGGACCCAACUCCAUGGAGAAUAAUCAUGAUAAAUAAUCAUAGUAAUAGGUGGGGUUGGGUUAUAUCCAAUGAUGUAUAAUGUCAGGGGAACUUGACAUUGUACAUCAUUUACUAGAAAAUCACUAGAACUUUGUCAAAUUUUCAGUACAGUUCAUACCCAGGUAGCUAUCCCUUUGAUAACUUGUAUUUGUCUCAACAAUUUGGCAGGCACUGCUGACAAGAUUUGAUUUACUAGGAUUUUUGCAUCGAUGAAAUACCUUGAUAGUUUAGGUUUUAGUUCACUGGAUUAAAGGGUUACUCCAGCAUUUAAUAUUGUACUUUCAUAAAGUUGGGGGACUUGAGAGACAAAUUAAAAACGAAAAAUCAAAAUUGAAGGUGCAAAGGCCAAGCUAUCUGGGCUCUUAGACCUAAUUCAAGCAUACACAGGUAUUUUUGAAAACGGGUUUUCCCUCUUUUAUUCUUUAAGAAGUCCCAUCCACACAAGCACUGUUUAAAAAAAAAACUCUUUAAAUGAAAAUACAAAAACACCACUGCACUUUCAAGAGCAUGCCAAAACAACACAGCGAUAUAACCCUAAUCCUGAAGCCAUGUUGGACAAUCACGCUAAAAAGAAGAUGUUUGCAAAUCAGACGCCCUAAAAAAAAAGUUUGUACUGGAAGGCUACCUGGCUCCACUAGUGCAUUGAUUGCUCUGUAAUGCAUCCAGAUACCUCUGUUCAUACAUAUAGCAGAAGAUUAACUCUACGUGCAUGUGUAAACAUGUACAAAAUACUGUUAGCAAGGUUAGAACCAGCACUAUUUUGGCCAUGUCCGGCAUUGCAUGAAAGGUAAUGGCGUUACCUGCUCACGCUCUGAUGUUACAAUCCAAAAUCCCUGUUUUCCCUGUCUACCUGACAACACUAAAAACGUUUCUGAAAAUCUUCCCCCUUGCAGGAGUUUUCGAAGAGAUCCAUUUCCAGUGAACUAAAACACAGUUUGUGUGUGGCCAAAACUCAUAGAAAAAGCUAAGUUUAAAAAUAACGUCCAUGUACUUGUGGACUAGGCCUUAGUUUCAAAUGGGUUAAACUCCAAAAAGUCCUACAAUUCCCAUAAAGCAACUCAUUCAAACUUGAUGCAGCUUAAUUCGUUUGACUCUUUCUACCUCCUAAACCCCACACCUCAAGUUUGUAAUGCAGGUGUGUUGUUAAAGUCUCAAGCCCAAUAAGAGAUAACCCUGAGGACAUCAUUAGUCACCUGGGUUAUUUUCUUAGACUUUGGAAAACUCCCUUCAGAGCUACAGAAGACAUUAUAAAGCUGUUUUUAUUUACAGGCUGAGUAGUACAGCUCAUGAAGGGAAAUCUGAACUUACUGUGUAAAAUUGGUGGAGUGCCCCUUUAACCAAACCGACUUUUCCACCUACAAUUUUUGAUUUGUAGUGAUAUUAUUAAUAGUAAUGUUAAUCUACACAUACCCUGAUUAACAAGUGUAUGCAUAUUGCCCACCCUGAGGUGAUAAUAUCAUGAAUUUGGAGACCGACUAAUGCCUGUACAUGUCUCACUGCUGACAUACCAAUGCACAACCACUGUUCCACAACCUUGUGCCUCUACAUAGAAAACACCAGGCCGAGGGAAGAUUCAAACAAGCAGUGUUGAUGAUUUACGGUUCAAAACACAGGUGUUGCCCUGGCACAGUGUUCUCUCCCCGUCUCAGGUUUUAUGGGGAAUAAUAAUGAUCCAGUUGAGCUCCAGCUGGGGCACACUUUGCAACAUCAUAAAGGGACUCAAACCUAUUGUAAUAAAAGUACAAUGGAAGAUAGAUUAGUGCCAUAAUACCAUUGUAAACACACUGCUGAAAUGUGCAUUUCAACAAAAAUGUGAAUUUUGGGUUUGGGCUCGAGGUUGGCACUGUGUUGCUAACAGGAUUUAGCUGUUAGGGCUGUUCUGUCACACCUGAGAUCUUCAUUUUUCUGCUGAUUUUUGUUGAGUUUGAGCUUACACUGUGUAUACUGUCUUUGUGUAAAUGUGUGCAAGCAUCCUCUUAAUGUUUUCAGAGUUAAAAGUCAGUUAUAUAAGUCUAUUUUUACCAUUACCCAUAAGGUAUUAGUUGUAGUGCUUGUAGACUACUGUAUGGCCGUAUGUUUAAGUGCAAUGACAGCAGUGAAGAGUCACCCAAAGGCUUCGUAAUGGAUCUCUAUGGAAAAAUAAAGCCAAUCUUCUGGAGGAGAAAACCUGCUGGUGCUCUCAGCUAGCGAGCAUCACAAGGGGCUUUUAGCUUUUUGAAUGCUAAUUCAUCCACUUUCCCUUGUGCUCUGCGGGGAAAUCAUGUUACCCAAAAUCUUACCCACUGCACCAGCUGAGAAACCGUGAACGACAGGCAAUAGGUUGUAAUCCUGCAGCAGGGUUAGAACUAAGGUAUUAGUAUUCUAGAAAUGUUACCCGACCAAUGCAUCAAUGUUACAAAAGCUAGCAGAGAAGAAGGUGCAAGUGCACUGUAACUGGCAGAGGAGACCAGAGUAGAUUGCCAUUCAUUCUUUCUCCUCACAGGUGACUGUAGAAUUGUAUGUAGAAAACACUUUCCUGCAACCGAAGCAUUGAAGGCAGAAAAGCAGCUGUGGAGUGAAUACGAACAAAGACGAAAGCAAUUUGGAAGGGAAAAGUGGUUGUGGUCAAAUGUUAACAUGAGUCAUACCUAAAUAUGUAAAUGUAUUAUGUUUUGUGUCAAGGUAAGCCUCAUAGGUACAGUAGUUAUUUAAAGAAGCACAAUAACUUCCUCUUAAUACUGACAGCUCAACCAGUAAACCGGCCUUAUAGUAACUUUUUUUUAAUUUAUUUUGUGCAUCUACUUUUGUUUUGGGUUUAAUGUAUUUUAAACAAAUGUUAUGAGUAUUGUAAAUUAUGUUGUUUUCCUCUCGUUUUUGCUAUUCAGGGUGUCAUUGUGGCAACAGGAAAUUAUUUUUUAUAUGAAGUUUGAAGGCUUCAUCCUCUUAAGUCUGUCAUGGUUUCUAUUCAUCUUUGAAGCAAUUACUAGCUGUGUCCCAACUCAGAGGCCUUCGAGACUAGAUCAACAAAGACCAAACCAGACCAUGUUGUGUUCAGGUGCUCCUUGACAACUCAUUAACCUUUUGGAAAUCAGCAGGAGCAGGUUCUAUAACAUAUAAAUACCAAUGGUUAACUUGGAGAGAUUUCACGAUACUUACCAUUAUGAUUUGGAUAUUUCACCUCAACACAUGCUAGUCAAAUGGCAGGUAGACCAGGUUGCAAAAUUGUGCAACUAUACAACUAACUUUCACAUUUAACCCCUCAUGAAUAACAUGUCUAGACUGCAAACAAGAACAAGCAGUGUAGUUCAUAGCUAGCUUCCAUUAUACACAGCUUGCAGUGGAUUAGUCAUAGGUUUAGUUAGUGUGAUAUGAUUAAUAGCUGAUAGAUAUGCUAUUUUUAGCACGCUUUACAAGAAUGAGGAAUGCUUGACUAUGUAAAACAGACUGCUGCACAAUAAACCACUUGUGUCCUACAAAGCAUAGGCAGCCUUUCUUUUUUAGUCACAUUUCAUGGGUCCUUUGAAAUGGGACAGCUGUUGUUGGACCGUUCAAGAUCAGGCCUAGAAAUGAGGACUAAGGAGAGUCCAGCCUCUGAACUGGGACACAGCAACUGUAUUUAUAGAUUGUGUUCUAUUUCACUUUUGUAAGCUUUGAUCAUUCAUAUCACAGUGACAUUUUUCACAUUUUCUCUGGUAAUAUCAAUCCACCUAUUGUCUAAAUGGUCUUAUUGUAUUGGUUAAAUGUAUGUUACAGUACAAUUUAGAGAACUUCAUUAUGAAUUACUGACCGAGAAAUAGUUGUGGUCAUAGCAUCAUAAAAUAGAUCCGUUUUUUUUUAAAGGGAAACCAUAAAGCAGCUGACAAACACAUUCUACCAUUGUAAUCGAAUCAAACUGUGAUUGGCUGUCAUACUCUGACUUUACACUGAUUCAUAUGUGUUUAUUCUACCAUACCGUGAUAAACUGGGGCAAAUGACAGCGGUUGAGUAAGCACAGUUUACAAUGUAUUGAAUUGAUGGUAAAACUGUAAAAUGGAAUUAAUAACUCUCUUUUAACCAAAUGAAAAAGACCUCCAGAUAAUGUGUCACUUGACAGUUUUACCAUUGUUAGAAAAUUACAAAAUUAU